GUCAGGAAGUUCAAGAUGGCCGCCGCGGAGGCUCCGUGUCUGCGGGAACAGUCCGAGAUGGAAGAUGCUGAUAAUUCUGAAAAGAGUGUACAUGAAGAAAAUGGAGAAGUAUCAGAAGACCAAUCUCAAAAUAAGCACAAUCGUCACAAAAAAAAGAAGCAUAAACACAGAAGUAAACAUAAGAAACAUAAACAUUCCUUAGAAGAAGAUAAGGAUAAAAAACAUAAACAUAAGCAUAAACAUAAGAAACACAAAAGAAAAGAAGUUAUUGAUGCUUCUGACAAAGAGGGUUUGUCUCCAGCAAAAAGAACUAAAUUUGAUGAUUUAGCUUUGCUAGAAGACUUGGAAAAACAGAGAGCCUUGAUAAAAGCUGAACUUGAUAAUGAGUUAAUGGAAGGAAAGGUCCAGUCAGGGAUGGGACUCAUAUUACAAGGUUAUGAAUCAGGCUCUGAAGAAGAAGGGGAAAUUCAUGAAAAGGCAAGAAAUGGAAAUAGGUCUAGUACUAGAUCUUCCACUACCAAGGGGAAACUUGAACUUAUGGACAAUAAAAAUAGUACAAAAAAGCGAAGUAAAAGCAGAUCCAAAGAACGGACUAGACAUAGGUCUGACAAAAAGAAAAGUAAGGGAGGUGUUGAAAUAGUUAAAGAGAAGACAACUAGGAGCAAAUCAAAGGAGAGGAAAAAGUCUAAAAGUCCAUCCAAAAGAAGUAAGUCUCAAGAUCAAACAAGAAAAUCAAAAUCUCCUACCCUUAGAAGGCGGUCUCAAGAGAAAAUUGGGAAAGCCAGAUCUCCUACUGAUGACAAGGUUAAGAUUGAAGAUAAAAAUAAGUCAAAAGAUAGAAAAAAAUCCCCAGUUAUAAAUGAAAGUAGAAGUCGUGAUCGAGGCAAAAAAUCCAGAUCCCCAGUUGACUUAAGAGGUAAAUCCAAAGACAGAAGGUCACGGUCCAAAGAGAGAAAAUCAAAACGGUCUGAAACUGAGAAAGAAAAGAAGCCAAUUAAAUCUCCCUCUAAAGAUGCUUCUUCCGGGAAAGAAAAUAGGUCGCCCAGUAGAAGACCUGGUCGUAGUCCUAAAAGAAGAAGUUUGUCUCCAAAACAACGUGAUAGAUCCCGAAGAAGUAGAUCUCCACUUCUAAAUGAUAGGAGGUCUAAGCAGAGCAAGUCACCUUCUCGAACUCUGUCUCCCGGUAGAAGAGCCAAGAGCAGAUCCUUGGAAAGAAAACGAAGGGAACCAGAAAGGAGACGACUUUCUUCCCCAAGAACACGACCUCGUGACGAUAUCCUCAGUAGACGUGAGAGAUCAAAAGAUGUCAGCCCGAUAAGUAGGUGGUCUCCAACCCGAAGAAGAGCAAGUAGAUCUCCCAUCAGGAGGAGGUCUCGCUCACCACUCAGACGGAGCAGGUCUCCUAGAAGAAGAAGCAGGUCCCCUCGGAGAAGGGACAGAGGUCGGAGAAGCAGAUCCCGUAUGAGAAGGCGGUCUCGAUCACGGGGUGGUCGUAGACGUAGGAGCAGAAGCAAAGUAAAGGAAGAUAAAUUUAAAGGAAGUCUUUCUGAAGGAAUGAAAGUUGAGCAAGAAUCUUCAUCUGAAGAUAACCUCGAAGACUUUGAUGUAGAGGAAGAAGAUGAAGAGGCCCUAAUAGAGCAGAGAAGAAUACAAAGGCAAGCAAUUGUUCAGAAAUAUAAAUAUCUUGCUGAAGAUAGCAAUAUGUCUGUGCCAUCUGAACCCAGCAGCCCCCAGAGUAGUACUCGUACACGGUCACCUUCUCCAGACGACAUUCUGGAAAGGGUAGCUGCUGAUGUUAAAGAGUAUGAACGGGAAAAUGUUGAUACAUUUGAGGCCUCAGUAAAAGCCAAGCAUAAUCUAAUGACAGUUGAACAAAAUAAUGGGUCAGCUCAGAAAAAGCUAUUGGCACCUGAUAUGUUUACAGAAUCUGAUGAUAUGUUUGCUGCAUAUUUUGAUAGUGCUCGUCUUCGGGCUGCUGGCAUUGGAAAAGACUUUAAAGAGAAUCCUAACCUCAGGGAUAACUGGACUGAUGCAGAAGGCUAUUAUCGUGUGAACAUAGGUGAAGUGCUAGAUAAGCGAUAUAAUGUGUAUGGCUACACUGGUCAAGGUGUAUUCAGUAAUGUUGUACGAGCCAGAGAUAAUGCAAGAGCCAACCAAGAAGUGGCUGUAAAGAUCAUUAGAAACAAUGAACUCAUGCAGAAAACUGGUUUAAAAGAACUAGAAUUUUUGAAAAAACUUAAUGAUGCUGAUCCUGAUGACAAAUUUCAUUGUUUGCGGCUCUUCAGACACUUUUAUCAUAAACAGCAUCUCUGUCUCGUAUUUGAGCCUCUCAGCAUGAAUUUACGAGAGGUGUUAAAAAAAUAUGGUAAGGAUGUUGGUCUUCAUAUUAAAGCUGUAAGAUCUUACAGUCAACAGUUGUUCUUGGCAUUGAAACUCCUUAAAAGAUGCAAUAUUCUACAUGCUGAUAUCAAGCCAGACAAUAUCCUGGUUAAUGAAUCAAAAACUAUUUUAAAGCUCUGUGAUUUUGGGUCUGCUUCACACGUUGCGGAUAAUGACAUAACUCCUUAUCUUGUCAGUAGAUUUUAUCGUGCUCCUGAAAUCAUUAUAGGUAAAAGCUAUGACUAUGGCAUAGAUAUGUGGUCUGUAGGUUGUACCUUAUAUGAACUAUAUACUGGAAAAAUUUUAUUUCCUGGCAAAACCAAUAACCAUAUGUUGAAGCUCGCCAUGGAUCUCAAAGGGAAAAUGCCAAAUAAGAUGAUUCGGAAAGGUGUAUUUAAAGACCAACAUUUUGAUCAAAACCUCAAUUUCAUGUACAUAGAAGUUGAUAAAGUAACAGAGAGGGAGAAAGUUACUGUCAUGAGCACCAUUAAUCCAACUAAGGACCUGUUGGCUGACUUGAUUGGGUGCCAGCGACUUCCUGAAGACCAACGUAAAAAAGUACACCAGCUAAAGGACUUAUUGGACCAGAUCCUAAUGUUGGACCCAGCUAAACGGAUUAGCAUCAACCAGGCCCUACAGCAUGCCUUUAUCCAGGAAAAAAUUUAAAAGAGAUGAAGAAGCUCCAAUGGUUUGAGUAAUUAAAGACUGAAGAAAUUUCACAGCAAUUUAUUAAUGUAUAUAAACUUAUAAAUAUUUCUCCAUCAAAUUUGAGGAAGCAUGAUUAUAUUUGAAUUAAUACCAAGGGUGAUGUUUCUUUUAGAAAUGUUAGUUAAUCUGUUUUGUGUCUUAUGUGAAAUUUCACUGUAGAACUGUUUUAACUGCCAAGACUGCACAAAAUUAUAGUGCUAAUGUAUAUGGUUGCAGUUCAUAUAAAAGGCAAAAGCAUCUUGUUAUAAAAUAAGUAGUAAUGCUGGGUGGUUGAUUUAUUUUUAGCAGACUUGGCUUCAUUUUGGUCUUCAGGUAAAAUGGCCAGCAUAAAUGCUGUUUAUAUUCACAUUUUCCUAGGUGUGUGUGUGCAGGCCACAGCAGCAUGCCCUUGGUGUAGUCAUUGCCGAAAGGGGUCUGUUCCUUCUUGAGCCUGCCUGCAGGGAUGGUCUCCUCUUUUAAAGCAGGUUGUGUACAACAUUCAGUACACUGAAGGUAAGCUAAACCAUCAACAUCACUGGUGUUUUAAGAUGUUAUUUUAUUGGAACAAUUGACAAAUGAGGGAUAUUAGCUUUGUGGCAGAAUUCCCUGCAUGUGUGAUACCUGAUAUUGUUUUAUUUUUGGCAUUGCAAAUGUGGCAUAGUUACAAUUUCUGUUCUGUUCAUCACAUCUAAAAUUGGAAGAGUAUGCGCUUGAUGGAUAGAGCGCCUUCAGUGUACUGUUUCUUAUUAACUUUAAUUUUUAAAAAUCAACUUGCUAUAGACUUUAUAUAAAUUUUUGUUAAAUGCAGUUCCUAGUGAGAUAGAAACAAUGCUUAGUUUUCAUUUACUAAAUUACAAAUGUUGAGGCAUAUUCUGAAAGUCCUCAUAUUUAAAAGUUACAUAGACAACAUAAUGAAAUUUUUAACUAUUUGUAUGUCAUUUUGAAAGUGUACUGCUUUAUGGUAAAAGUGCUUUCAUUUGUUCAUUGUUUUCAUUAUUUGUGAUCAUGUUGUCUUUCAAUACAGGCAUAAACCUUCCACUCUUGAACAAAGCAGCUGCUUUUUAAAAGCGGUAAUUGCUUCUUUACCUUUUAUUUCUUUUGUAAAUGAAGCUUUUCUUUAAGAAUGUGACUUUAAAGUGUUGUCUAUUGCAUAAAACAGUUGACACUCACUUAUUGUAAAGUGAAGAUUGUUCUACUGCAUGUGAAGUGGCCAUGCAGAUUUCUGUAUGUUCUCAGUAUGCAUCACUAGAUAAUAAAGUCUUUUGUGAACAAGGCAUUUGUAGCCAUUUUUAAAAAUUUUUGUCUUCAGUGCUGGUUUAUGGUUUAUAAAUAGUUAAAAGCAACCUUUUGUUUCUUCCUUAAAGUCUUUAAUAGAAUUAUUUGCUAAGAUGUAAGGCUAGCCAAAGUUUAUUAUUUUACUUACCUCGUCAAAAAAUUCUACAAAUAUUGUCAGCUUUCAGUAUAGUGAGGUAAUUCCUGUAGGUUAGGGGGUAUAAAAUCAGGAUUUAACUAAUGUUUCUGCUAUUUUCUCACUUUUCCUUUUGAUGGUGCGGAAAGAGAAAAAAGGAAAACGGGGCACAGGCCAUUCAACGCCUUCUCCAAGGGGUCUGAUUUGCUGAGACACCAGCUUCACCUUCUUAACAAGGCACUAAUUACAACAAGCAUGCACAUUUUGUGCAUUCAAGAAUGGAAAAUCAGUAUAGCAGCCUUCUGGUGCAGCUCAGUGGAAGAUGAUGACAACCAGAAGACAUGAGCUAAGGUUUCUGUCCUAUAAAAGAUUUUUUUAAAUCCUCCAUUUUAUUUUUGUCUAAUUUUUUUAGUUUUCGGCAUUAUGAUUUGGGUUUCAUUAAUGUUUGGUACUUAGAUUAGUAGUGCUCUUGUGCUCAUUUGUAAAGUACCUGUUUUAUCAUGCUCUGCCUAUCCCCCCAUCCUUUCUUUCCUAAAAUAAUAAAUAGUGGUCAAAUUUAGUGAUAUAUAAGACUCUUGAAUGGUGAGAUUCCUUAUAUAUAUCAUGGUUUUUUAAUUUGGUUUCUAAAGAUUAUUAGGAAAACAGCAAACAUCAAAACACAGUCUUCAGCUUUGGGUAUCUUAUCUCCUUGGCAAAUGAAAAAGAAUAGAAACUGGAAUUUUAGGAACACUAUUCAAUUCCUUUAAUAACUUAUUCUCCAACUUGCCCUUUAGUAAUUUUAUUUUUAACAGGUGCUCCAGUCAUGGUCUUAAAUCAGGCAAAAUAUUUAGAGCCAUUGUCAAUUUUUCUUAGGGGAAAUGAGAGGUGAUAUAAUUUUGAUCUUUUAUGUCAAAAUUAAUCUAUUUGACAGGAACCUGUAAACAGUCUAUAUAAAUGACAUUAUUAGAAUUUGUAACAUUUGCUGAGGCAGAAAUUUGGAACUCUGUAAGACCUCUGUUGGAUUGAGGUAUUUAGUGAAUAAUCCUUUAAAAACUUGUAUUAAUGUUUCAGAGUUGCUAUAUAGUUUUCAAAUAUAAUUAUCUCAUGAAGAUUUUGCUUUAUUACACACUUUAUGGCAAAAAUGAUACAAGUAUAUCAAGUGAUUGUCAGACUUAAGGGCUCAUAUUUUAGGACAUAACUCUCAAAGAUGUCAUAGUUCUUUCUGCAGUUGGGGGAAUAGUUGAGAUUUUAAGGAAGCAUAUACAUUUUGGACGCAGUUCUAAAUAAGGUCCUAUGUGGACCUUAUUCUUGAAGGUUAUUAGAAAUUAGGUUGGAAUUUUGAGGCUUUGAAAGGAUAUAGCAUCUUGUCAUAAAUCUUAAAACCAUCCAUUACUUUUAUUUAACCUUAAAUUUUGAUUGUUAGCAUCCUGUUUCUUCAUUCCCCAGUGCCUAUCUCAUUCCACUCUACUUUUUCUCAAAAAUAUUUUUAUGUUUUAAAAAGAAUUUUUACUUUUUACCAUUAUAAUCACUACUUUUUUCCCUAAUUAAAACAAAUACUCAGGAUAGUUUUAUAAUACGGAAAUGUAUGUUUUAUGGUAUGUGGUAGAGGCAUUACUGAGAACAAAUACUAUAUUUUACUUGCACUUAAUCUAUCAUUAUUUUGUAGCAGAACUCUAGCUGGCUAGGUAGAAAUAAAAUCUCUGAAAUGAAAUAAAGGAAUCACAUACCUGAAAAGUUAUGCCAUGUAGUUACGGAAUGCCCUUUUAAAUGUUGGAGAUAAGAAAGAAGCAAGUUGUUCAAAUGUGUAACUUCUUUCCCUUAGUUAUAAUAACAUUAUUAAAAUUGGGUUUCAUAAAAUGUUUCUUCAUAGUAUCCUAGUUCAAUCAAAUAUUCAACAUGAAUUUUAUUCUGUUAGAUGUAAGGCCCUCAUAUUAUAGAAAUGAUCAAUACACAUUCAUCUGUGUUUUUCACAUGUCAGUAAUGUACACUAAAUUGAGUUUUUAAAUGUUUUCCAGUUAUUUUGAUAGAUAUCAUCAUGGCAUCUUUAAUUGUUCUUUUCCUUCUAUAUGUAGGGUAAGGGACAGUUCUUCUGAAGAAUCUUUCCAUUUAGUGAUCAAGAUAUGGAAGCUGAAAUCUGAAAAUACUCAAUAUGCAUUCUAAUUGUUUGUGGUAUCAUUUGAAUUGUAACUCACAUUUUAGCAGCAAUGUUCCCAAUCAACAUAUUAGGGGAAAUAUAAUAAAAUAUGCCACUUGUUA